UGCAGAGGAGGAUUUUGUGCUUUGGAGAUCAGUCUUCCCAGGAUGUGUGUCCACAUUAGAGCACGUUAAACAAGGAAUACUUCAGCUGAAGAAUAUUUGUUUUUACUCUUACCCAGGCCGAGGCCUGUCUAAAAUUUGGAACGAUGUCCCAGUCCUGGUGUGGGCAAGUCAUGCUGCGAGUGGAACUGGGCAUACUGGUGGCAGUCUUGGUGGUCAGUGGCAUGGCGCAGAUUUAUGAUAGAAGGGAAGAAGGGUCAUCCUGCUAUGGAGGAUUUGAUCUUUACUUUGUUCUAGACAAGUCUGGCAGUGUGCAGCACUACUGGAAUGAGAUCUAUUAUUUUGUGGAUCAUCUUGCCCACAAGUUCAUCAGUCCUCAGCUGCGGAUGUCUUUUAUUGUGUUUUCCGCUGAGGGACGGAUCGUAAUGCCACUAACAGAGGACAGAGAUCAGAUUCGUGCUGGACUGGAGGAGCUGCGUAUGGUGCAGCCGGGUGGAGACACCUUUAUGCACAUAGGCUUUCAGAGAGCCAGUGAGCAAAUAUACUAUGGCACUGGGUAUGGCUACCGGACAGCCAGCGUCAUUAUCGCCCUGACGGAUGGAGAACUAAGAGAGAAUCAGUUCGACCUGGCGCAACGAGAGGCUGGCAGAGCACGACAACUCGGUGCCACUGUGUACUGUGUGGGGGUGAAAGACUUCAAUGAAACACAGCUUUCCACCAUAGCUGACAGUAAGGAUCAUGUCUUUCCUGUGACUGAUGGGUUUCAAGCUCUGCAAGGAGUCAUUGACUCAAUCUUAAAAAGAUCCUGCAUUGAGAUCCUGGCUGUAGAGCCCUCCAGUAUCUGUGAAGGAGAAAGCUUCCAAGUGACUGUCAGGGGAAAUGGUUUCCUUCACGCCAGAGACGUGCAGCAAGUCCUCUGCAGCUACCGCAUCAACGAGACAGUUACUCUCAUGAAAAGGCCUUUGGUGGUGAGAGAUACUUAUCUUUUGUGCCCAGCUCCAGUUCUGGAAAACUUUGGAAAGUCAGCCACUCUCCACGUCAGCAUGAAUAACGGCCUCAGUUUCAUAUCCAGCUCUGUCACGAUUACUGCCAUCACUUGUUCCGAUGGGACCUUUGUGGGGAUUGCAUUGCUCAUCCUGCUGCUCUUGUUCACCAUGGCUCUGCUGUGGUGGUUCUGGCCUCUCUGCUGCACUGUGGUUAUUCAUGAGCCACCUCCUCCAGUAAUAGAAGACAUCUCAGAUGAUGAAGAUGGUUUUCCAAAGAAGAGGUGGCCUACUGUGGAUGCAUCGUACUACGGUGGCCGUGGAGUUGGAGGAAUCAAGAGAAUGGAGGUUCGUUGGGGAGAUAAAGGCUCCACUGAAGAAGGAGCCAAACUAGAAAAAGCCAAAAAUGCUCGAGUUGUGAUGCCCGCUCAGGAGUAUGAUCCACCUCCACCACGGUUUUACUACUACACACACAAAACCAUCCCCACCCAGAAGUGGUACUCUCCCAUUAAGGGGAAACUGGAUGCUCUGUGUGUGCUGCUGAGAAGAGGCUACAACAGAGUUUCUGUGAUGCGACCUUAUCCUGGAGACAAGGGCCGGUGCAUCAACUUCACCCGGAGCCCGUCCUAUCCUCCUCCUCGCUACCCCAUCUACAACCACCCCUCCACGCCUGUCUACACGUUACCCCACAGGUAUCAGCUGCAUCUGUCUGAAGACUGCCAGGAGCUCCACCUGCCCCCAUCGCCAACUUCCACCCUGCCUCCUCUGCCAUCGACUCCACCCCCGUCCUCCACCAGCUCCUCCUCGUGCACGCCUCCUCCUAACAGAGACCUGCCCCCCACCAAUGCAAGACAAAUCUCUGCACCCCCAUCUCCAACAGGCUCCAUGCCACCUCCACCCCAUGGGCUGCCUCAUUGUAGAGCGCCUCCACCCUCACGGCCACCUCCCCGGCCCAGUCAUGAAUUCAACUGAAGAACUGAGUCUUGGGUCCAAACAUUUUACCUGCAAGACCUUUUCACUGUAUCUGAAAUUAUGUUUGCACACAAUAAGAAACACGGUGACUUUGUUUAAGGAUUGCAUACAAUAUGACGUGAAAUACAGUUUUUGUUCAGAAAGUGUAAAUAAUACAUGAGUUGUUCAAUUUUACUAAGUCUGCCUAUUGGAUUAAAGAAGUGAUUGAUGAAACAGGAGAUCAUUCACCAUUUAUUUGUUGUACAUGAUGUAAAUUAAAAGUUAUAAAGCAGCCAAAGCUUUUGCAACUGCUUAUUGAGCAAAUAAAUAUUUUUAAGGGCA